CAUUGCAAUGGCAAAGUAAAUGGCAUGGUCGCUAACAAUAACAGAGGUCGAUCCCACCACCAACAGCCAGACUAUGAAGAAAAUAUGGCCAGUCCACCGCCGAACAAUGGACGGUGGUGCCAGCACUCGGAUGGCAAUGAGGAAUUCGAUUCCAACAUGUUGCGAGAAGAAUAUCAGCUUGCUGGAAUUGAGUUCCAGAUCCGACAUGAAGUGAAUAGUGAGUAG